AUGAAUUUUUUCGAUGAUAACUCAGAUGUGGAGCACGAUCAGUUCGAUGGCAUCGUUGCGCAUCCAACGAUAAUGCAAGCCCGCGAUACGGAAACGGACUUUGGAGGACUUCUCGCCGCGCCAAUAAAGCUCCACGAAGACCUCGCGAAGGGCUGUGGCGGACAGAUAUGGCCUGCUGGGGAACUUCUGACGAAAUAUGUCUUGAAGAUGUAUAUGGGUACCCACGGAUUGCGGAACAAGCGAAUCCUCGAACUAGGUGCUGGAGGCGGGUUGACUUCACUGGCGGUAGCCGCAGGAUGUGAUCUCGAAGGAAGCGAGCUGUUCGUCACCGAUAUGGACGCGAUGAUUGACCUGAUACACAAGAACAUCGCGCUGAAUGGCUUGCAGAAGGUGCCCGAGCUCAAGGUGGAGCUACUCGAUUGGAAGGAUCCCAUCCCCGAAGUAAUAGCUACUAAACCGAUAGACAUCGUCUUCGCCGCGGAUUGCGUCUAUUAUGAGCCGGCCUUCCCACUACUAGAGAAGACGAUAAAAGCUCUAGUUUCCGACAAUACGGUCGUCUACUUCUGCUUCAAGCAACGAAGAAGGGCCGACAUGCAAUUUGUGAAGACGCUCAAAAAACGCUUUAGCAUGCACGAAAUCACUGAGCUCCGACAGGAGCCUGAAUAUGCGGCAUUUUCUCGGGAGAAUCUGCAUCUGUAG